CCCAGCACAUGCAUUAGCUUCGUGCCGACGCAGUUACAAUGAAUAGGAGAACUCUCUCGAAUGUCCAUGCUCUUUUCCUGGCAAUGAUAUUUGCUUCGUAUAUAGGCUCAACGCUAUGCCAGCAUGUGGAAUGGCAUUUUGAGGUGGGGAUUCUCUUGGGUGCAACUUAUAAUCCUCAUGCUCCGGAGUCAUUGGGGACUACAAAAGCGUAUUUGGAAGAAUUGUUCCACUCACUAUCCAGGCGCCUCUCUCUCCUCGGGAAGGGACGUUUCGUCUUCAUCUUGAUUGGACUUCACAAACUAACACAACAACAAAGCAGCGUGCUCUUUCACACGACUGGGAAGAGACCCACCACAACUGAUUUGCAUCGCAACUGGUUAUCUCAGCCCGCGGUACAGAUUAGAGCAUUAGCACGCGGCGUGGAUGCCCUCAUCUUACUUACAAGGCGCACUCUUGCUCUUCCCAACGGAGAUGGGACCACUGGUAAGCAAUACUUGAUUGAAGCGGACACCCUCAAGAAAGGAUAA